AUGGUCGUAUGUCGACAGCUUCCAUUUGAAGUUUUCUCUCGAUUAAUGGACGAUGAGGCCCGUGAGAGUAGGACAUGCGGAAACGCAGGAGCUGCACUGAGGGAACAAAAUUUGUGCGCAGAUGCGCUAAUGCUUGCCAGUAGUCAGGUGGCAGUUGCGAAGACUUUGGAAGGCGAUCUGUCAGCUCGGUAUCUACACAGUUAUUCUGGAAAGUUGUGUCCCGCUCUGAGGAAAACGAAGGCGUUGAAAUGUUAG